GUGAGCGUCAAUGCAUGCGACUCCGAGAACCAGCUGGCGAAACGCGCGCUGACCACGAACGCGAAAACCCUGGCGUCCGAGAUUUGUAUCCCGAGGGACGAGAAGCAUCAGAGGAUGCAGCAGCAGGAGCAGAGAAAGAAGGAUAAGGAAGGCGGCAGCAGCUCGAAGAAGAUGGCCACGGCGGCGAAGGCGAAGGCAAAGAGGGGCAAGAAGAAGGCCCAGAAGGAGGCAUCUGACUCCGGUUAG